GCCCAGUCGGCCUCGAUGGCGCCGGUGGCCCGCGGGCUCCAUCGGGGGCCAGGCGCCUGCCCGGCCACCCCUGCUCGCGGCGCGGUCGUCGUGCUGUGGCUGUUUCUCGGCACCUUGUGCACAGCCCCUGCCAGCGCUGUCCAGGUGACCGUGUCAGACCCCUACCACGUGGUGAUCCUAUUCCAGCCUGUCACCCUGCCCUGCACCUACCAACUGACCACGACCCCCACGCCGCCCAUCGUGAUCUGGAAGUACAAGUCUUUCUGCCGGGACCGCAUCGCUGAUGCCUUCUCCCCAGCCAGCGCGGAGAACCAGCUCAAUGCCCAGCUGGCGGCUGGUAACCCGGGCUACAACCCCUACGUGGAGUGCCAGGACGGCUCACGCACCGUCAGGGUGGUGGCCACCAAGCAGGGCAAUGCUGUGACCCUGGGAGAGUACUAUCAGGGCCGGAGGAUCACCAUCACAGGAAAUGCUGACCUGACCUUUGACCAGACAGCUUGGGGGGACAGUGGUGUGUACUACUGCUCCGUGGUCUCGGCCCAGGACCUGCAGGGGAACAAUGAGGCCUACGCGGAGCUCAUCGUCCUGGGCAGGACCUCGGGGGUGGCUGAGCUCUUACCUGGUUUUCAGGCGGGGCCUUUGGAAGACUGGCUGUUCGUGGUCAUGGUCAGCCUGGGUGUCCUCCUUGUCUUCCUCCUCCUGGGCAUCUGUUGGUGCCAGUGCUGCCCCCACACCUGCUGCUGCUACGUCAGGUGUCCCUGCUGUCCUGACAAGUGCUGCUGCCCAGAGGCCCUGUAUAUGGCCGGCAAAGCAGUCACAGAAGGCGGAAGCAUCUACAAUCCCAACGUUUAUGGCUUCGUGUCUCCUUCCAAGACCCCACCCCCACCAUCCCUGAUUCCCAUGGACCCAUUCAAAAGCAGGUACCCUGGAGACUUCGACAGGAAUAGCUCAGUGGGCGGCCACAGCUCCCAGGUGCCUCUGAUUCGUGAUACGGACAGCAGCGUGAACUCUGAAGUCCGCAGCGGCUACAGGAUCCAGGCCAGCCAGCAGGACGACUCCAUGCGGGUCCUGUACUACAUGGAGAAGGAGCUGGCCAACUUUGACCCGUCUCGGCACGGCCCCCCCAAUGGACGCGUAGAGCGGGCCAUGAGUGAAGUCACCUCCCUCCAUGAGGACGACUGGAGAUCCGGGCCUUCCAGGGGCCCUGCCCUCCCCCCAAUCCGGGAUGAGGAUUGGGGUCGCCACUCUCCCCGGAGUCCCGGGAGGUGGGACCAGGAGCCCCUCAGGGAGCGGCCGGGGAGCGGCAGGGCAGCGGGGCGGCCCCGGGCGCGCUCCGUGGAUGCCCUGGAUGACUUCUCCUCGGGGCCGGGCUCCUCGGCAUCAGGGAGGUCUCCGCCGAGCAGCGGGAGGCGAGGACGGGCCUACGCGCCUCCCCGAAGCCGCAGCCGCGACGACCUCUACGACCAAGACGAGGCCAGGGACGCGCGCGGCAGGGAGGCCCACUACGCCCGCUACGACGACUUCAGGCCCCGGGACCGCCCCCACGCCGACCCGAGGGCCCACCACCCCCGCGCCCGCGACCCCCGCGACGACGGCUACAGGCCCAGGGAACCCCAGUAUGACGGGCGGCUCGUGGACGAGGCCCUGAGGAAAAAGGGGCCGCCCGAGAGGAGGAGACCACACCGGGAGGAGGAGGACCCGGAGGAGGAGGAGGCCUACUACCCGCCCGCGCCGCCUCCCUACUCGGAGACCGACUCCCAGGCCUCCCGGGAGCGCAGGCUCAAGAAGAACUUGGCCCUGAGUCGAGAAAGUCUAGUCGUGUGAUGUCACGUUUUGUAUGUAGCUUUUGUACUUUUCUUUUUUUAAUUUGAAGGGACGCUGAGCACCUCCCCCCCCUACGUCUAAUAAAAUUGAUAAUCACAA